CUAUCUAUCUAUAAAUCAAUAUUUAUCAGUAUUUCAUUCUUUCGAGCUACUCAAAGAUUCGACCAUGGAUUUCAUGAAGGUCAUCGAUCAAACUGUCCGCGAAAUAAAGAGGGAGGUGAAUUUGAAAGUCUUGAAGGUUCCUGAGAUCGAACAGAAGGUGUUGGAUGCAACGGAUGAUGAACCCUGGGGUCCUCAUGGUUCAGCAUUGGCAGAGAUAGCACAGAACACGAAAAAAUUCUCUGAAUGUCAGAUGGUGAUGAAUGUUCUCUGGACAAGAUUAAGUGAAACUGGCAAGAAUUGGCGAUACGUGUACAAGGCAUUGGCUGUUAUAGAGUAUUUGGUGGGCAAUGGAUCUGAACGUGCAGUUGAUGACAUAAUUGAACACACUUUUCAAAUCUCGUCACUAGUGAGUUUUGAGUAUGUUGAGCCAAAUGGGAAGGAUAUGGGAAUUAAUGUGAGGAAGAAGGCUGAAAACAUUGUGGCUCUUUUGAAUAAUAAAGACAAGAUACAAGAAGUUAGAAACAAAGCUGCUGCAAAUCGUGAUAAGUAUUUUGGACUUUCAUCAUCUGGAAUAACAUACAAAUCAGGUUCAGCCACAUCUGGUAGCAACAGCUUUCAGAGUAGCGAGCGGUAUGGAGGUUUUAGUGGUACAAAAGACAGUGAUAUGUUCAAGGAUAGUUAUAAGGACAGUGAUCGAUUUGGUGAAGAGAAGUUUGACAGUGGUACUUCUACCAAGUCACGUCAAGGGGUUACCAGCGAGAAUCAAGGAAACACCUCGAAGAAGGGGUCUACACGCUAUGGCAGCAAGGGUCAAGAUACUACAGUAUCUGGUCCAUUGAGGCCAACAACAACUAAUGACUCUGAUAAGUAUGCUUCAGUUCCUACACAGAGCUCAAGUGCGCAUUCAAAUAAUUAUGAGGAAGAAUUUGAUGAUUUUGAUCCUCGGGGAACUUCCACUACCAAAUCCGCUGCUGGGAACUCUAACCAAGUGGAUCUGUUUGGACAAAGUUUGGUUGGUGACCUCAUGGAUGCACCAACAUCUGUCCCCAGUGAAGUGUCUCCUGAGAAUAGCAAUCUGUCGGAAGUUGAUCUGUUUGCCGAUGCAACUUUUGUAUCAGCUCCGCCCCAUAAAGAAGCAGUGGGAAGUUCUGAGACUCAGACCACGGUUGAUCUGUUUGCUUCCCAACCUGCUGCAUCUUCUGCAGUUUCUUCAUCAAUAGACUUUUUUGCUGCUGCUGAUCCAAUUGUGCAACCAGCCAAAAAUUCUUCCAAAUCUGACCCGAUGAAUACUAAUGCAGUUGAUCCCUUUGCUGCAGUUCCACUGAACAAUUUUGAUGGAUCUGAUCUUUUUGAUGUAUUCACUUCUAAUACUGAUUCAGUAUCGACAGAGGCCACAAAAAAUCCCGAUGGCAGUGAUAUUAACUUGAAUGGAAAGUCUUCUGCUGAGUCUAAGCCUGCGCCCAAGACGGAUACUUUCCAAGUGAAAUCUGGAAUAUGGGCAGAUUCUCUGACCCGUGGAUUGAUUGAUCUUAAUAUAUCUGCUCCCAAGAAGGUAUCUCUAGCAGACAUUGGCAUCGUGGGUGGGCUGAGUGAUGUACCAGAUGAAAGGGAGAAGGGACCUGCAACUUCAUUUUACAUGGGGAGAGCCAUGGGUACAGGGUCGGGUCUUGGUAGAUCCGGGUUUACUUCAUCGACUGGAACCGGCACAGAUGAUAUGUUCUCAAGCCUUGGCAGCCAACAAUAUCAGUUUGGUGGGUUUAAAAAAUAAUCUUACUAGUAAAAUUUCCUAUUUCUUGAUCAAUUUUCAAAUGGUAUUGAGUGUUUUGGCAAAACAUUUGAAGCCACCGAGUAUAUUGGUGUAUCAAUAUGAAGUGUGAACAUAAGAAACAAUAUGGUGAUAUGAUAAUGUGGUAGUGUGGAUGGCAACAUUUUGGAAAUUGUUACAGCAUGCCCGAAGAAAGGGUGGCUUGGCCCCAACGGUAAAGACUUCUUGUUAACAUUAUUGUUCUUCAGAAAUGGGGUUAAGAUUGAAUACAUCUUGUGUUUUUCAAAUUCUGCUUUUGUGGGGGUCUUGUGUACUUCGCGCUAUUGUUAGUGUAUGUCUAAAAGACAAUGUGAGAUGUUGUGAAGCUAUAUUAAAUUUCCACCCUUUCAUGGGUGGAAAAUGGAUGCUCUUCUUUCGUUACA